AUGGCACCUCGUUUUCUCCCAUCCGUCCAGCAGGAUGCUCAAGAUACUACCCUCUCCGAUAUCUUUGUUGAUACCAUGCUGGGUACACCACUACCUGUUUACAUUGAGAAAGAUGUCCAGGAUAGAGAUAACCUAGUAGCCCUCGUCACGAAACAUGGUGGCAGUAUAUCACCAGGAUAUAGUGGCGUUCCGUGUAUUUUAGUGGACCCUUUGAAACCUUCAGGACAGAACUUGUUUCGACAGUACUCCGGAAAGAGGGGAAAGAUAGUGUUGGACGUGCGUUGGAUUAGUGAAUGUAUCAGAGCCGGCCAGUUACAAACCUUUCAUACGAAUUGGGCUGGCUGUAAGGUCACUGGGAAUGAAACUGAUCAAUCUACCGAGAUCCUAUCUGCUCCUCCAGCGCCCGAUGUUCCAACCACUUCACGUCCGAUAGACCUAGAUCAAAGCGUACGAAUCAUUUCACCCCCUGCGCCGACUCUGCAUCCACAGGUUCUGGAUUCUGCAACUGUAGAGCAAAUGGUUCAUGCCGCCCAAACGCAAAGUCACUUCCCGUAUCCCAUGUAUACUCACCCACCCCCAACCGCUCCGAACUGGCCAGGAGGGACUAUUCCGCCCCAACACGAUCAUUUACCCACAGCACAGCCGACUAUGAUCCAGCGACCGCCGUACCGUGAGGAUACAUGGGAGGCUUAUGAUUCUAGUAAUGGCCAUGCAGGAGAUCCAUUGGUGGCUAGCGCCCAUUAUGACUACAGGUAUCGAGAUGACCAGGCGGGAUGGGUCACCAGCGAAGCAUAUUAUGAUUACGAUCAGACUUACGACCAAGCGGCCGCAGCAAGCAAUUAUCUGGAUGAUCCUGAUCCCCCAGCAUCGACUGCCGGUCAACCGUCAUCACAGUCUCAGCCAUCACCACCACCACCUGCUUCAUCUUCCCCCACCCCAGCACCCGUUCCCAUUGUCGGGCCCUCAUCAGAACCUGUUCGACCAUCUGAAGUUCAGGUUCCGGAGAGGGGCCGUGGACGGAAACGUAACCGAACAGUUUUGAAUCUUCCGGCUGCCCCACCUUCGUCCUUGGUCGUGAACAGGAACCCACCUGCGAGGUCUCCCACUCCUCCGACACGCGUUGUUAAAAGCACCUACGGUGGCAACUUGUUCACGGCAGAUGAUAUUGUCUAUCUCAAAAAAUACAUCGACUACUGCCAGGAACAAGGUCUGGUGCUGAGUCUUCGGGAGAUAUGUGAACGCAUAGCCAUUAAGGCUCCUCAUCACACAUUCUAUUCAUGGCGGAGAUAUUGCAACAAGCACCAAAUCCGUCUGGGUGGAUAUGCCAUGAAUCCCGAUCGCACUGAAUCGCCUCAUCCCGAUGGCGGGGAGAAUGAUUUGGAGGACGAAGUGGGUAUGCAGGCUGGACCUGAACCUGGACCCGGAACCACCGAAGCUGCCCAGGGUCGAAUCCAAUCAGAUGCCCGAACACGAAAUCGGUCGCCAACCCCUCCCAGAGCAUUGUACCGGAGCACGACGGGAAAAGGUGUCGCUUUCACGGAUGAAGACGUGGCAUUCCUGGUUCGAUUUAUGGAGUACCGAAAGGCUCAAGGACGUCUUGAUAUGGUGGCAUUCUGGAAAGACGUUGCUGCGAAAGCACCCCACCAUUCCCGUGCAUCUUGGAUGAAGUACUGGCGGCGACAUAAGCACGAGCUUGAGCGGGCGGACGGUGAUGAUCAAUCUGUACCCUCACGGCCCGACAAGAAGAUGCGGUACAGUCGUGAAGACGAUGUUUUACUUGCGAAUUACUUUUGUAAUCAGCCGGAGGGGACCUCUGAUAAGGUCUUUCAAACCUUCGGUCGUCAGCAUCCGCAUCAUCCAUGGAAAGGGUGGCAAGAACAUCAUCGCAUUCACAAAGCAAAGAUCGACCAUUAUAUCAAACGAUUGAAGAAUGGAGAAAACAUUGAUGUCGAUGAUGGGGAGACAGCUUCGUAG